GUAUAGAAGGAACAUAUUUAUAUACAACUAGUAAUGAUGUACAGCCCACAAAGAAAGAUAUUGUGGUUUGCAAUAAUUAGUAGAAUAGUUGUUUUAAUUUUUCAAUUUAUUUUUAAUAUUUUGUGUCCUGACCAUGAUGCAGAUGCAUUCAAAGGUCCCAUAAGUAAUUCUGAACAAGUUUCGUUAUGCGAUAAUAUAAUUACAUUAUUAUUUAGUGGUCUCUCGCGAUGGGAUGGUGAAUAUUUUAUACAUAUUGCAAAAUACGGUUAUGUGUAUGAAAACACCUUAGCUUUUUAUCCAUUAUACCCUAUAUUGAUUCGUAUUAUUGCUAUCCCUAUACAAAAAAUAUUUUUUGUAUUGAAUUUUAAUAGUUCUCUCAUACUUGCAGCUGUAUUAAUUAAUUUUGUAUGUUUCAUUAAAUCUGCUAUUAUAUUUUAUGAUCUUAGUAAGAUAGUAUUAAGAGACAAAAAUAUUUCAUAUAAAGCAACAAUACUUUAUUGCAUAAAUCCAGCAAGUAUAUUCUUUUCUGCUAUCUAUACAGAAUCUUUAUUUGUCUAUUUAUCAUAUUAUAGCAUGUUAAGAUCUAUAAAAUUAGAUCCAUAUGUAUCUUUCCCAAUAGCCUUGUCCAUUCUUACAAGAUCAAAUGGUAUGGUUAAUAUUGGAUUUCCUAUAUAUUUUAGAUUAAAAAGUUUAUUCCAUAGUUUCUUAACAAAACAUCCAAAUUUCUCAUUAAAAACAUUAAGUAAAUUUAUGUAUGAAAUAACAACUUUAAAAAGCAUUUGUGUAAUAUGUAAUAUAAUAAUUAUAUCAAUGGUUCCAUUUAUUUUAUUACAAAUACAUAAUUAUAUUAUGUUUUGUAUUCCUAAUUCAAACUACAUGUUUACUUCUGAACAUAUCAUAAAUUAUGGCAUUAAAAAUAAUUUGGUAAUAGCAGGGACCAAUAAUAGUGAGUGGUGUAACUUGAAAAUUCCAGUAGCAUAUGCCUACAUACAGAAAAAAUAUUGGAAUGUAGGAUUUUUAAAUUACUAUGAAGUAAAGCAAAUACCAAAUUUUGUUCUAGCAAUUCCAAUACUUUAUAUUAUGAUUACUUGUAUAAAAGAAUACUUUCUAGAACAUAAAAGAUAUUUUUGUACACUUGGAUUUAUUCAAAAUUUUAAAAGCAAAAAAGAAAUUAAAACAAAAAAAUAUCCGAUGGAAAUGUUAGUAUUUGUUGUUCAUGGUUUAUUCUUGACUGUAUUUUGUAUUCUUUUUAUACAUAUUCAAGUCAGUACACGUUUAAUAUGUUCAGCAAGUCCAUUAAUAUAUUGGUAUUGUGCUUUAACAUAUACAUCUGAUUCUAAUAAUGACACAGCAUAUGAAAGUGAAGAAAAUGCGUGUUCUAAAUGGAAAGUAUUUUUUUUUAAACAAAGGAAGUAUUCUUUACAAGAUAAAUUAAUAUUAUUAUACUUUUUAGGAUAUACGGGUAUAGGUUGUAUCAUGUUUUCUAACUUCUUACCAUGGACAUAAAUU